UCGGGCGCACUGGCAGGCAGCUGUGGCGGAAACAACUCCAUUUCCCAACCAACCAACCAACAGCCGCCCAAGGCCGAUCCAUGGCGUCGGCGUCGCCGUCGCGGCUGCUGCCGCCCUUUCCCCCUCCAGCUGCCCCAACAUCCCGCCACACAACUCUCCGCGCCGUCCCUCGCAGCUGCAGCCUCGCUAUCCCGAGCCUCCGGUGCCGCGCCUCCGCUCCAGCGGCCGUUGACGCUGGCGCGCCGCUGCUGCUAGAGGACCGCGCCGGCGCGGUGUCCAUCCGAGAGUUUGUCACGCUCGAUGAGCUCCACGCCGCCGUGUGCCUCCGCGUUCGCACCUUCUACGAGUACGCCCGCGACACUGUCGGCGCCGAGGAUCACAGGAAAGGUCUGGCAGAGAGGGAAUAUGAAGCAUUACAAAAUCGGAUUUCUGGGAAUAUGAUUAAUUUUCGGAGAGUCUCUUGUAUAAAUGGGACAGUGCCACUGUUGCCAUCGUUGAUGUCAGCAGAGGAGCUUUGUUCAACAUGCAAGUUUGUUGAAGAUGGGGAAGAGAGAAUAGUAGUUGGUAGUUUAGACCUGAAUCAGUGCCUCUGGCUACCAGAUGAACUGACUGGAAAGAGGCCAGGGGUAACUGAAUCAAGCCAUACACGGGCAUAUCUGAGCAAUGUAUGUGUUGCCAAGGAGCUCCAAAGAUGCGGACUGGGCUAUGCAUUGGUUGACAAGUCUAAGAAGCUUGCUCGUCAAUGGGGCAUAACGGAUUUGUAUGUCCAUGUUGCCAUCAACAACGAGGCGGCACAAAAGCUGUACAUCAAGAGUGGAUUUGUGUACGAAAGCGAGGAGCCUGCCCAGCAGGCUAGGCAUCUUGGGCGCCCUCGAAGGCUUCUUCUUUGGCUUGAUAUGAAGAACGAAACCUUGUGAUCUUACCUGUAAAUGCUUCUUUUUAUAGUUAUACAGCAUUAUCUAUAUAUAAUUUUGAUUUUACUGCCCAAUUCAAGUAGUAGUAUUUUUUUCCUUGUGGAAAGAAAUACAAUUCUCAAAAUUUAAAUUAAGGAUUCUCCCCAUAAUUUUAUUUGUUCUGCACAUAGUACUCAUUAUUCAAUGUAUAUCCAGCAUUCCCCCGGUGGCAAACAAUGGUACAUGAUAAUACAGUGCUAUCAAAUCUUUGCA